AUGCAAAUGGAGGAGGAGGAGGAGGAGGAGGAGGAGAAGAAUGAUGAUGAUGAUGAUGAUGAUGCAAGGGGAGCUGGGAUCACGCAAGGUCAAAGAGAGGACAAGGAGGGCAAGUGGGUAUGGGAAAGGGGGAACGGGAAACGGGGGGAAAAGCUGGGGAAAUAG